AGGUAGAGUGGUUUCCCAUCAAUAGAAAGAAGAAGCGAGAUGGCAACCGAAAAACCUACCGGACUCUAUGCCGCGGCGGCUCUCUCCAUCACCCUAGUCUCCUACCUCCUCCUUUCCAGCCAAGCCUCUCGCCUUCUUCCUCGGAGAAAUAGCCCCCAUAGAAAUCCUAGCACGAAGCCCAAGAAAAGGAGGGGCCUCAUCGACGCCAUCGGAAACACUCCUCUCAUCCGAAUCAACAGCCUCUGCGAAGCAACGGGAUGCGAGAUUUUGGGGAAAGCUGAGUUCCUAAACCCUGGGGGCAGCGUCAAGGAUCGCGUUGCGGUUAAAAUUAUUGAAGAGGCUCUGAAGUCUGGAGCUCUUGUGGAAGGCGGUGUGGUGACUGAGGGUAGUGCUGGAAGUACUGCUAUAAGUAUCGCCACUGUUGCUCCUGCUUAUGGAUGUAAAUGCCAUGUUGUCAUUCCUGAUGAUGCGGCUGCUGAAAAGGCUCAAAUUAUUGAGGCUUUAGGAGCAAUUGUAGAAAGAGUGAGACCAGUUUCCAUCACACACACAGACCACUUUGUUAAUGUUGCGAGGAGGAGAGCCUUAGAGGCGAAUGAAUCUGCUGCAAAAUCAAAACUUGGAGAAACUUUUGAAAUAAAAAACAAUGGGAGAUCAAAAGAUUACUCUAAAGGAGGUUUCUUUGCCGAUCAGUUUGAAAAUUUAGCCAAUUUCCGCGCACAUUAUGAGGGCACUGGUCCUGAGAUAUGGGAACAGACAGAAGGAAAUUUGGAUGCCUUCGUUGCUGCUGCUGGAACCGGUGGAACAGUUGCAGGAGUUUCACGAUAUAUUAAGGAGAAGAAUCCAAAUGUGAAAUGUUUUCUGAUUGAUCCACCUGGAUCUGGAUUGUUCAAUAGGGUUACUAGAGGAGUGAUGUACACAAAAGAGGAGGCUGAGGGCCGCAGGCUCAAGAAUCCUUUUGACACAAUCACUGAAGGAAUUGGAAUCAACAGAUUAACCAAGAACUUUUUGAUGGCAGAGUUAGAUGGGGCUUACCGAGGCACCGAUAAGGAAGCUGUCGAAAUGUCCAGGUAUCUUCUUAAGAAUGAUGGACUCUUCCUCGGAAGCUCUUCGGCCAUGAACUGUGUUGGAGCAGUUAGGGCAGCAGAAGCCUUAGGACCUGGGCACACAAUAGUCACCAUAUUAUGUGACAGUGGGAUGAGGCAUCUCAGCAAGUUCUACAAUGCCCAAUAUCUUGCUGCUGUUGGUUUAACACCAACUUCUACUGGUUUGGAGUUUCUUCUUCGUCAUUGAGAAUGUUAUAGCUCUACAGAGCUCAAGCUCAUUGCAGGACAACAAUGGAGUUUCCCUUUAUUUAGCUGUACAGGAGUGUAUAUUGAUUGUAAUGAGGCUGGUCUCAGCUUUGGUCUUUUGUGAUUUUUUGGUUCAAAGAGUGCCAUCCAGAAGCAUAUCUUUUCAAAAAAUUGAUAUCCAGUGGAGUCAACAAUGCAAGUUGAUAGCAAUGUUAUUUUGGUAUUACAAAAAAAAAAAAUUUCAUGAUAUUUUGUUUUGAUAUCAUGUUGAACAUCACUUAGUUGUCUGACAUUUUGCUAUUGUUUUGUAGUUGCUUAACUUAUGAACGGUUGUUAUUAUAAGCUUCAAUGCUUCAUUCUUGUAUAUUUAUGAGUAGUUGUUGAAUGUUGAAACACAAAUUUAAGGUAGUUGA